AUGUCUUCAUCACAACCUAGAACUAAACCUUGGGAAGUAUCACAAGGAAAAUCAGCAGCAUCAACCACAGAAUCGGUAACGAGUAAUAUACCACCUUCAAUAUCAAAUUCCGCAACAACUGCCACAACUCAAGGACAACAGCACCUGCAAAUACAACCUCCAACUGUGCCGGAGCUUCCAACUUCGCUUUCGUCAGAUUUGAAUACUAUGGCAGAAUCUUCGCCGUAUGGAGGUUAUGGGAAUUCGUCAAUGAAUCGUUACGGCACCACCGGUGGCUAUGGAUCAAGCAUGUAUGGCAGUGGAUACGGAUCAAGUAUGUAUGGUAACUCGAUGUAUGGUGGAUAUGGGAGUAUGUAUGGAGGCGGUUAUGGAGGUUAUGGGAGUGGUUACGGUGGAUAUGGGAGCUAUGGAAGUGGGAUGUACGGUGGUGGGAUGUAUGGUAACAACCCUUCGAUGAUGGGACCAGGAGGGUUAGGAGAGGGCACUCAAGCCACAUUUCAAUUGAUAGAGAGUAUAAUAGGGGCUGUGGGGGGAUUUGCUCAAAUGUUAGAGGCCACAUAUAUGGCCACGCACUCGUCAUUUUUCACAAUGGUCAACUUGGCAGAACAAUUUGGCAAUUUGAAGAACGCCUUAGGGUCAAUAUUAGGUAUAUUUGCUUUGAUAAAGUUUGUUAAAAAGAUAUUCUACAAAAUCACAGGUAGAGUUUACAACUAUGGCAUCAACGCUUCAGAAUUUACCAAGUUUGAAAAAAAUCAAAAGAAAUUAGAAGAAAACUUGCGGAGAAAUCAAUCAGGUCAGAAACCAAGAAUUUCAUUGAAACCUUUGGUUCUUUUCUUGGUAGCUGCUGUAGGAUUCCCAUACUUACUAUCGAAGGCAAUCAAACUUCUUGAAGAAAAAAAUCAACGUCCACCACAAGUUCCUAGCAAAAUUCAGUUUGCAAGAGCCUUGUAUGAGUUCAAUCCACAAAACCCACAACUUGAAGCGCCAUUAGAACCUAAAGAAAUUGUUGCUAUAUUGGACAGCAGAGAUAGCUGGUUGAGAAUCAGAAAAAGAAGUGGGACAAUGGGAUGGGUACCUCUGAAUUAUGUAGAAGUCAUUGAUACUUAG